ACUGUUGUGUCAUCUGCGAACUUCAGUAGCUUAACAGAUGGAUCAUUGGAGAUGCAGUCAUUGGUAUACAGAGAGAAGAGAAGUGGGGAGAGCACACAGCCUUGGGGGGCCCCUGUGCUAAUUGUACAGGUAUUUGAUGUGAUCUUGCUUAGCUUCACCUGCUGCUUCCUGUUUGUUAGGAAGCUUGUGAUCCACUUACAAGUCUGUUCCGGUACCUGUAGCUGGUUUAGCUUAGUUAGUUUAGCUUAGGUACCUUCCUUACUGUAUCUACUGUCAGUCAAACAGCUGAAUUUCCUGUUGAUAUCACUUAAAUAUAAAAGCAUUAAAGAAAUCCUUCUAGGUCUUUCCAAGCUUUCGUCCAAAUCUGAGUCCUUGACAUUUCUAGUUAGCCUAGAAAUAAGCUAAAAUCAGCCUUUUCAUUGUACACUCAAGAAUAUCGUUAGGAUGUUUGAUAGCAAAUGCUGUUUUUUUCUCCACUCCUAGACGCUCUCAUGGCCUCGUCUUCAUCUCCUGGAACCUCAGUUCUUUGUAAUGGAGGAUUAACGGCGGUUGAGCUUCCAAUGCAGGAAUUGAUAUCGCUUGAGGAUGUAGCUGUGUUUUUCUCCGUGGAGGAGUGGGCCCUGCUGGAUUCUGAGCAAAAAGCCCUGUACCAGGAGGUCAUGCAGGAAACCAAGAGGAACUUGGCCUCCUUAGGCGACGGAUGGGAGAUGAAGGAUUCUGGCCAAGAGGCAACAGUACAUUUCCCAAAAGAGAAAAAGGAAGUUGGAGAAAAAAUGUAUGGAAAGCAAAGUUUGGAGGAAAACCAAUUAAGGGUUGAGCUGGAGAACUGCACUAGUUUACCUUCUGCAGAUACCAAUGUCUUAUUGGACACGGAUGAUUGCCAAGAAAAAGAAGUGUGUUCAAGGUGUGGGAAAACACUCCGAGAUGGAUCGGGAUUAUGUGACUGUUGUAAAAGCCCUGCUGAGAGAAACAAGAUGAAAGCAGGGAAAGCAUUGCACAGUGUGGAAAGAGCUUCACCCAAAGGCAGUUUCAAUGUACAUAAGAUCCACACCGGAGAGAAGCUGUAA